UUUUUCUCCAGUUGCGUAAAGCUGGGACUUGCUCACCAGUAGAGGAAACAUGCUGCUCUAUUUGGGGUGUGCAGCCCUAGUUUUACUCGGGCUUUUAUUCCGGCAUUCUUACUUUCUACAAGACCUCAAAUAUGUGAUCGAUAAACUCAACGUAAGGCGCCGAGUGUUUAAGUACAUGCAGACUAACUACCUGAUCGUGGAUCUGUUUUUGGAGAGGGUCAAGACGCAGCCGCACAAGCCGUUUCUUCGUUUCAAAGAAGAGACCUUCACCUACCAGGAUGCAGACGUGCAGAGCAACAAAACUGCCCGGGCUUUCCUGCAGUCCGGGGCGGUCAAAAGGGGAGACACGGUCGCGCUGUUUCUGGCCAACGAGCCGCUAUUCCUGUGGCUCUACAUGGGCUUGGUGAAGAUCGGAUGUUCCGCUGCUUUCCUCAACUACAACAUAAGAUCCAAGUCCAUGUUGCACUGCUUCAACUGCUCCGGAGCCAAGACUCUGGUCGCCGGUGAAGAGUUGCUGGAUGCUGUGGAGGAGGUCCUGCCCAUUCUGCAGGAGCAGCAGGUCACUGUUUUCAUCUUAACUGACAAAUGCAAGAUUGCAGGUGUGCAGAGCUUCCUAGACAAAAUGCAGCAGGCCUCCUCUGAGCCUUUAUCCAAGGAGUUAAGGUCGAAUUUAACCUUACGGGGUCCAGCGGUCUACAUAUACACAUCCGGCACAACAGGUCUCCCUAAAGCAGUAACAGUCAGUCAUGCCAAACUGUGGGCCUACUGUUUAAUAAUGGCGAUGACAGGAGUGACUUCUGAAGAUGUCGUUUACAACAGCCUCCCUCUCUAUCACAGUGCUGGCUUCCUCGGAGUAAUGGCAGGCAUUGAGAGAGGUAUGACUGUUGUUUUGAGAAGUAAGUUUUCUGCCUCUCAGUUCUGGGAUGACUGCAGAAAGUAUGACGUCACUGUCGUACAGUACAUUGGUGAAAUUAUGCGUUAUCUCUGCAACCAGCCGCAGAAACCCAACGAUCGAAACCACAAAGUAAGACUUGCGCUAGGCAACGGACUCAGAGCAGACAUUUGGAAGGAGUUCACACGAAGGUUUGGGAACAUUGACUUCAAAGAGUUUUAUGGAGCAACAGAGGGGAAUCUUGCUAUUCUGAAUUACAGCGGAAAGAUGGGAGCAGUUGGGCGAGACUUCUUCCUGCACAAGUGGCUGUUUCCGUACGCUCUGAUCAAAUUCGACAUAGAAAAAGGAGAACCUGUGAGAGAUUCAUCUGGUUUCUGCAUCGAAGUUGCCAAAGGUGAACCUGGGCUUAUGGUCACUCAGAUAUUAGCCAGUGCUCCGUUCUCUGGUUAUGCUGGAGACCUCGGGCAGACAGAGAAGAAGAAGCUGCGUGAUGUCUUCACGAAAGGAGACGUGUACUUCAACACCGGCGACCUGCUGCGCAUCGACAAAGACAAUUUCAUCUACUUUCAGGAUCGCACUGGAGACACGUUCAGAUGGAAAGGAGAGAACGUGGCUACAAAUGAAGUGGCUGAUGUCGUCUCUGGGGCCGAAUCCAUUGAAGAGGCCAAUGUUUAUGGAGUUGAAGUGCCAGGUCAUGAGGGGAGAAUUGGGAUGGCUGCUGUUAUUUUAAGAGCUGGACAGAAGUUUGAGUCUGCAGCUGUUUUUCACCAAGUUCAACACUUUCUGCCGUCCUACGCCAGGCCACGUUUUAUCAGGAUUCAGGAUUCCAUGGAGGUUACGGGAACAUUCAAGUACCAGAAGGUGAAGCUGGUGAAGGAGGGAUUCAACCCGAAUGAAAUAAAGGACCCCCUGUACAUUCUGGAUGAAAAAGAAAAGAAUUACGUCCCACUUAUACCGGACGUGUUUGAUUCGAUUUUAGCAGGAAGGAUCAAAAUUUAAAGAAACUUUAAAAUUCCAAGGAACUUUAAAUUCACAGUAGAAAUCCACCUUUUCACACUACAUACAUCAGCUGCUCUCAGUGCUUUAGACAACGUGUCUGAGCUUGUCGCACUGAGCAGUGAGAGCAGCGAUGGUUUCACUGAUAGCAAGUUUUUCUGGUUGAGAGAGCCGACUGCCGGCCUUCUUAUUUAAACAGUGACUUCUUGCUGCAUUAGAUUUGAUUUUGUUUAAGUCCUUGUCCGUAUAGGAGCUGCAUCUGUCUUCCAUGCAGCAGAACUUUCGUUCUUUUUGAUAACUGUUACGCUCUAUUUAGGUUUGAACGAUUUGAGUAAACUAAAAUGUAACUAUUUUUUCAGGUUAGUCUAACAAUUUAGAUAGCAUUUUUACGAUAAAUAAAACUCAAACUUUUCUUUGUAGUUUUGCAUGAUAGAUGAUUGCAGAAAAUAUUUUUACAAAUUUAUCCUUUCUUUAUCUACUUAAAGUGAAACUCUAUAGGCAAAAACAAUGUUCAUAGUUUAAUGGAGGGAAACAUCCUCAAUGCACAUUUAGAUGUUUAAUUUACAACAUUUUGCAAAUUAGUGCUGAUUAGAUCUAAUAAUACAUCAUUCAUGUAUUUAAACAUACAUUUCCAGAGAACUUGUACUUCAAAAAAAAAACUUUGCCUGCAAGCAUUCUAACAGUCAUUUCCUUAGUAAUAAUAAUAAGAAAAACACCCAGAGAGCACAGUAAUUUCCACUUGAGUAGCAGUUUUUGUACGAAUUUUACAGUUUUAUUCUGAUCUAUAUUUUGGGGGGUUUGUUAAUAUAAAAAAUGAAUCCUAUAAAAUCCUCCCUAUAAAACCUCAGCAAAUAAAAACAAAAACUAAUUGUCUUAAUGUAAAUAAUCAACUGAAGAAGUUUCACCUUGAUGCCAGUUAUUAAAAAUGUUUUUAAUGAAAAAUCAAAAGAAUUUAAAGCUUCUAUUUUUGAAUGUUAAAUAACUGCAGCUGAAGGUUUUUAUUAGAGCCAGUUGUCAGGAUUUCUGGUGAGAUCGGUAGUUUCCAUUGUAAUCUACAGCUUCUCAAAGCUGUAAUGUGUAACAUUUCCACAAUAAAAUGUUUAGAUUA